GUUUUGUUUCAUUAUCGUAGGUAGCUUCUAUGAAAUUAUGCUUGGCUUUGGCUUAAGAUAUCUUGAAUUUCGUGGUAGUGAUAUGAUAUUGUGUCUAGUAUUCGUAAACAAUCCGAUUCAGUUUCGGUCUUACGUCCACAAAUAUGUGGAAGUGGAAACCACAGAAGGCGACGUACAUAAAGGAACACUAUAUACCAUUGAUCCUGUUUCUGAGAGCGUUGUUCUCGUAAAUAAAAAUGAAGACAAACUGAGUAUGGAUAUCAUAAUGGGACAUGCUGUGAAGUCUUUGCAAAUUAAAAAAAGUUGUGAGGAAGCACCAGUUGACGUGUUCUUAAAGAAGGAUGAAGAAAUGCCAUCAGAUGAAAUCGAGCGACGUAAGGGAAGAUUGGCGGGUUGGUUACAAAAGAACAGGACACCAGUAGAAGAAGACGGCCAGAUUUUACGAAUUGGGAGUGUUGUAGAAAUACACCCACCGUAUGGAGUGGAUAACUGUCUAAGCAGUAAUGAAAUUAUAUUGGACCGCAUACAGAAACUGAUGUUAUCGAUGCCAGAUAAUUACGAUCUGGGAACAUGAACGCUCUUUUUGGUAUGAACGGCGAAACAGGUGUAAAAGAUGAGACGUUGUCAUUAAAUUAUUUUUACUGUAGAUUGUGAAAGAGAUUUUAAAAUAUGUGUUUAUUCAAUGUUCUAAUGUCUCAAGUUUUGAAGUAACUUCACUGGGAUGCAUUACUUGUAGCCCCAGUGUGGUUCUUGAUAUUACUGUACGCAUGCUACUAGAAAAGUCUGAAGAUGCUCAGCCAUUGUAACUUGUUGGCAAUUACUCUUUGGUUAAUACUCAUAGUGAAUACACACAAUUUGGAUUGUGCGAGGUUAACAUGUUGAUUGACAUAUGCAUAGUGAUGAAUGUUUCAUUGGCAAGCCACUGCACCUAGUGUAAGGUCUGCUGGCAACAUUGUGGCAGUCGACUUGUGAAGUUAAUUUGCAGUAGAGCUUCUUGUUACUAUAGAUAUUGAACUAUUAAAUAUUUAUUUUGUGUUUCCUCUUACUACUUGUGUGUCCUUGUGGGUUGACGAUAAUUUAAUAACUGUACCUCCUUUUUCCUUGAUUGUUGACUAACUUUCAAGGUAAAAAGAAUAAACUGUUGGUUGUUCAAAAUGUAUCAGAUUUGGUUAUGCUGUUGUGAUACACGUAAUUUUCUUUUGUAGAGCAAAUGUUCUGUGUGGUGAAAUAGAAGCUGCUGUUUUGUAGCAAAUGGCUUUGUUUUACCCUAUAUCUUAUCAGAUAGAUUGGUGUGCGACUGCUAAGAGUAUACUUUACAUCUCACGUGUGUUUGUAGCAGUUUGACUGACUUGAUUAAUAAUAAUAAAGAAUUAAUACAGUAAAA